CGAUAGUCUCUGUGUUCCAUCACUACAAUUCGCCUUUGCGAGUGUAAAAACAUAAACAUUUUGUUUUUAUAAACAAACGUUCUGGUGUAAGUGAUAAAAACAUUGCCAAAUCAUAGACCAGUUAGCUAAUCAAAGUUAUAAAAUGAUGGCGCGCCGCGGAGGAAAGCGCAUCCGCAUGGAUGAUCCACCGCCGGAGUAUGAAGAAAUGCACAGCGAUGCUGUAAACGAGAGUGCCUCAGAUGCAGAUAGUCCCACUAAGCGGAUGACUCGAUUGAGAGCUCGUGGUGGUGUCCGUGACAAGCCGCCGAUCAUAGACGAUGAUGAGGAUGAGUUCUUUGCGCCAGUGGCGCGUAAGCGAAAGACACCGCAAGUGCGUAAACCACCAGCCGAACGGAAAGAGAGAGUAGAAAGGCCACGCAAAGAACCCGUGGAGAAGGCCAAUCAGGAAAGGAUUGACACAGAGAGAGAAAUCACAACAGAUGAGAAUAGCUUGUACUACAUAGUGCGUCACUCCAAAAAUCCCAUUGCGAGCAUUGUAGAUCAAUGGAUUGAGCAAUAUAAGGCAAAUCGAGAGACAGCGCUGGUCGCUUUAAUGCAAUUCUUUAUCAAUGCUAGCGGCUGCAAAGGUAAAAUAUCCGAGGAUAUACAAUAUCCUGUGGACCACACAGCCAUCAUUCGACGCAUGACCGAGGAAUUCGAUGAGGAAAGCGGUGAAUAUCCUUUGAUCAUGACUGGCACCCAAUGGAAAAAAUUCAAGAAUAAUUUCUCCGAUUUCGUUCAAACAUUGGUCAAACAAUGCCAAUAUUCGAUCAUCUAUGAUCAGUUUUUAAUGGAUAAUGUGAUAUCCUUGCUAACUGGCUUAUCGGACUCGCAGGUGCGAGCCUUUCGUCAUACAGCCACAUUGGCCGCCAUGAAACUGAUGACAGCCUUGGUGGAUGUGGCUCUUUUGGUCUCAAAUAACUUUGAUAAUGCAGCAAAACAAUUUGAAGCGGAAAGAGUAAAGUCGCGCGAUCGUCGUGCCUCUGAUCGUUUGGACUCAUUGAUGACCAAACGCUCGGAGCUGGAGGAAAAUAUGGAUGAGAUAAAGAGUAUGUUGACCUAUAUGUUCAAAUCUGUAUUUGUUCAUCGCUAUCGAGAUACACUUCCCGAUAUACGUGCCAUUUGUAUGGCUGAGAUCGGCAUCUGGAUGGAAAAUUAUCCACAAAACUUUCUGGAUGAUUCGUAUCUAAAGUAUAUCGGCUGGACACUGCACGACAAGAUUGGUGAAGUGCGUUUGCGUUGCUUGCAAUCCCUAUUGCCUUUAUACGAUAAAGAAGAGCUGAAGGGUAAAUUGGAAUUGUUUACAUCCAAGUUUAAGGAUCGCAUUGUGGCCAUGACCCUGGACAAAGAGUUUGAGGUCUCAGUGCAUGCUGUUAAAUUGGUGAUAAGCAUAUUAAAAAUUCAUCCGGAAAUUUUGGCUGAUAAGGAUUGUGAAAUUGUCUAUGAAUUGGUCUAUUCCUCACAUCGUGGUGUAGCUCAAGCGGCCGCAGAAUUUUUGAAUGUGCGUCUAUUUCAUUUGACAGCCGAUAUGGAGGAGACAAAGACAAAGAGAGGCAAAAUUAGAUUACCAAAUACACCAUUGAUCCGAGAUUUGGUGCAGUUCUUCAUUGAAUCUGAGCUCCAUGAGCAUGGUGCCUAUUUGGUGGACUCGUUUAUCGAUAGCAAUGAAAUGGUCAGGGAUUGGGAGUGUAUGACAGAUUUGCUUCUGGAGGAACCAGGUCCAAAUGAAGAGGUCUUGGACAACAAACAGGAAUCGACACUUAUCGAGAUAAUGGUCAGCAGUGUUAAGCAAUCGGCAUCGGGUGAAGUACCCGUGGGUCGGGCUAGCAAUCGCAAGUUUACUCUUAGUUCUAAAGAACUCAAGGCCAUUCAGGAUGAAAAGGCAAAGCUCACAGAGCAUUUUAUUGUCACAUUGCCGGCCCUUUUGGAAAAAUAUCAGGCCGAUAGCGAGAAGCUAGCUAAUCUGCUAGCUGUACCACAAUAUUUUGACCUUAAUUUGUAUACCACCAAUCGACAGGAGGGCAAUUUGAAGUCCCUGUUGGACAAAAUAAGUCAAGUGAUGAACAUGCAUACGGGACGUGAUGUUUUAGAGACAUGUGCGAAGACUUUGGAAUGCCUUUGUACUGAGGGAAGUGCCACUUACACCCGCUGCAACAUUGCUCGCUCGAAUAUCAUUGAGAGUGCGGUGAAUAAGUACAAGGAUGCCAUCGAGGAAUGGCGCAAUUUAAUACAAGGCGAGGAGACACCAAAUGAAGAUGAUAUCUAUAAUAUAACCAUAACGUUGAAAGUCUUAUCCAUAUUAUAUUCAUCGCACAAUUUGAAUCCAUGUGAGUUGUUCAAAUCCCUGUUUCAAGAUGUGGAUGAGGCCCAGUCCAAAGACAAUGUGGAACGUUGCCUGCCCAACGAGGCAUUGGCCUAUUGCAUUGAAGCCUGCUACUACUCUAUAAGUUGGGGUCUCUACUAUGUGGAAAACGAUUGUGAGACUCUUAAUAUAGCCAAUAAUGUAGCUGAGUUACGUGGUAAUCUAGACAGCUUCAUGUCAGCGUGCUUUGAAUUAACUCGAGACGGACCCACUGUGCAAAUACAAGAAGCGGCAUAUCAAUCGAUAUGCGAUCUAUUGAUCAUUUUCUCCGAUCAAUUGGGACGCAGUGAAUCAGAGCACAUUCGCACCUUGGAAUACAAAUCUCGAAUGGAUGAACAUCUCAUAUUGGAUAACUUUGUGCAACAUUAUGUGUUCUCAUUGAAGCAGGAUGUGGCCCAGGACGAGACACAUAUUGAGGAAUUGCACAAGAAGCGUAAUUUUCUAGCUUGCUAUUGCAAAUUGGUUGUCUAUAAUAUAAUACCAACAAUGCGUGCGGCAAGCAUUUUCAAAUAUUAUGUAAAGUGCUAUAAUGAUUAUGGUGACAUUAUAAAAGCCACCCUGGGCAAGGCCAGAGAGAUCAAUAAAAUAAACUUUGCCAUGACUUUGUUGCUCAGUUUAAUAACCGUAUUCAAGAGUCUGCAGGAGCAUAGCGAUGAUGGCGUUGUCUCAAAGAGUGCCCAAGAGUUCGUUGACCUGAAAGAGUUGGCCAAACGAUUUGCUCUUACCUUUGGUUUCGAUGCUCUUAAGAAUCGUGAAUCUGUUGCUGCUAUUCAUCGUGGUGGCAUAUAUUUCGCUGCCAAUAAACAACCAGAUGAUCCAGUGCGUGCUCCAACACGAUUACUUUUCCUGGAAGUACUCAAUGAGUUCAAUUAUAAAUUGUUAAAACAAGAUAAAAAAGUUAUUAUGAGUUUUCUGGACAAGAUUAUUCCGCCAGGCAUGCCAUCCAGUCGGGCAGAAGAAUGGCAACCUUUAGUUUCCUAUCGCAAUUCCUUGUUACAUGGCGAAACAGAUCAGGCACCGGUUGCCACACGCAGAGCUUACACACGCAAGCGAAGGGAUCAUGAUGAGGAUGACGAGGAAGAAUACGACGAAGAAGAGCAUAAUGAUCCUGAUUACAGGGGCUAAGUUUAUCUUAACUAGUCCGGAGUAUUAUUUAAGUAUAGUUUUAUGUUUAUAGUUAUUAAGUCGGCAAAGUGUAACCACAUCUUUAUGUUAAUGUCUUUUCUUAACUUAACUGAAUUAAUUCGCAUCAGAAUACAAAGUAUUUAAGUUUGACUUUAUAAAAACGA